AGGAAAGCAAUAAAUAAAAUAGCUAAUUUUGAGGAGUAUAUUUUUUCAACGUGAUACGUCAACGAGAAAGAAGAAUUCUAACUUGUAACAAAAAGAUUCGAACAUUAUAUGAUAGAUACCUUAGUAGAGAAGAAAUCUGAGCUUCGAAAUUGAUUGAAUCUCGUCCAAUCUAUAAUCUCUGAAAUCACACUGCAAAUAUCUUCAUUAUCAAUUAAGGGAUCUUGUACGCUUUUCUAUGGCAAAUUCUAAGGGGCCAUGUACCAUGAGAAAUAUGAUGUGCAAUGGAAAGAGCUCUUUACUGCCACCUAAAAGUCCAUUUCCUAGUAUGGCCCCAUCUUAUGUUGAUUAUAUCCCCAGUUCUGCUGUCAGCCAAAAGGGCAUUCUGAAACCCAGAGAUGGAAAUUCACACCAUCAGCGUACUUCCUCUGAAAGCUGUCUUAUAGAGGAGCAACCUUCUUGGUUGGAUGAUCUUCUUAAUGAGCCAGAAACUCCUGUGCGCAGAGGCAAUCAUCGACGUUCAUCUAGUGACUCAUUUGCAUAUUUUGAUGCUGCUAACGUUGCAAACAUAGAUUACAUAGCUCCAGUUGAUAACAAGUUCAGAAACAUGCCUCCUAUUCCUUCCUGGGGGUCUCAAGACUUUGAUUAUUACAAAGAUGCUCGACAAACUGCUUCUUAUGUCGAUCAAAACUCCUUAAUCCGACGCAAGAAUAGGAUAAAGGACGUAUCCUCAACUACAGUAUCGCAUCUCCGCAGCCUUUCCUCUCCUGGGGAAGAUCUCCGUAUUCAGAGGUCUGAAUCACCAUGCCUCCCACAAGACGGAGACAGGCCUAAAUCUGCAGGAAGUGACAAGCAGGAUGUAGCUGAAUCUGGCCCUCCUUAUCCAAAAGGAUCCGCUGAAAAAAAAGAUUCUUCUCAGAGCAAGAGUUCUUCAUCAGAAACUGACACAAAACGUGCGAAACAGCAAUUCGCUCAGAGGUCACGAGUCAGAAAGCUUCAAUACAUCGCUGAAUUGGAAAGAAAUGUACAAGCUUUGCAGGCUGAAGGUUCUGAAGUGUCUGCUGAGCUUGAAUUCCUUAACCAGCAGAAUCUUAUCCUCAGCAUGGAGAAUAAAGCCCUAAAGCAGCGCUUAGAAAGUUUAGCUCAGGAACAGCUUAUAAAGUAUUUGGAGCAUGAGGUUCUGGAAAGAGAAAGAGGAAGACUACGAGCGUUGUAUCAACAACAGCAGCAACAGCCACAGCAGCCACAUCAACCAUCUUACAGCCAUCGCCGCACCACUAGUAGGGAUCUCGAUCAACAAUUUGUGAACCUCUCUUUGAACCAAAAAGAGGCCGAGCAUGAUGCUGUUUCAGGACAACUUCACAUUUGACUGUAAAUGUAGCUAUGACUUCAAUCAUGUCUUACUGACUGUCCCUCAGUUGACUUUGCCAUGGAGUGACAAAAGUUCACGAUUUCCAUUGUGCGUGAUGAAGAAGAGGUCUUGCUGCCGAUGGGCUCACCUUCAACGGGUUUGCUCUAAAUUGAUUCUAAUUCUUGUUACAACAUGUGUCUUCACAUCAACAUUUGUUAAGCUUUUACACGCAGCACCUGGUGGUCAAUGCUAAAGAAUAGCAUUUGUCGCAGUUGACUCACCUGAGGUGGUUAAUUCCAGCAUGAUAUCUAUCUCCGGUCUUUGUAUGUCCCGAGUGAUUAAAAUCAGUUUCCCGUACUCUUUAUCUUCAUGGAUACAUUCUCAUUAACCAUGUAAUGUGAGCAUUGAUAUUGGAGCUCCUUUCACAUUCCUUGUUUCUUCUUAAAGCAAUAAAAAACAUUUAUGUUAAAUA